AUGCUCUGCCUAGUGGGGAUAUCAAGAAACUUCCCGCUCCUCCGGAACCAUCCGGUCGACCACCAGACAAUCCAAAACGGGUCCCCCCACGACAACCACCGCGAAAAGCGUCUUCACCACGUCGUCAGCCGACGAAAAGCAGCUCGAAAAUUGAACUCCAGCAUGCUCCUCGUGUCCGACGAGGGCUCGACCGACUCCGUCUCCCCUGCCCCGUCAAAUAAUUCGAUGAAUUCACAGAACUCGACAACAAAAGAGGAAAAGAAGUACUACUGCCAGCGAUGCCUCAACCACAGCCUACAGUACACCCGGAAAGGGCAUAAGCCCUUUUGCAAAUACGCGACCUGCAGUUGCUCGCAAUGCCGAAUGGUCGAGGAGCGGCGACAAUUGAAUAAUAUGCUGUCCCGGAAGAAGGUGCCACUUCCCCCAUCAGAGACUGUCAACGGGAGGCGGAUACGAGACCCAAAAUGCGCCCGCUGCUCCGCCCACGGGCUGAAGAAGCCGCUGCGCGGGCACAAGAAGUCUUCCUGUCCCUACUACACGUGCACCUGUCAAUUGUGUAACCUCGUGGAAAACCGACGAUCGUUGAUGGCGAAGCAGAUCAAGUUGCGGCGGGAUCAGCAGCGGAAACGAGCCGCUGAGGAAGCCGGAACUGCCACCGGGGAAGAGCGGCUUUUGGCUGAGGAGAAGGAGAAUGAUGGGAUUGACGUCGAGAAGAGGGUGGAAAACCCGUCCACAACCGUCGUCGUCCCGAAGCCGAUGCUCCCGAUCGCCCCUCAGCUGACGUUGCCCUCAAUUUUGCCGUCAAUUUCGAUG